CUUCCGACGGCACCUGAACGCAGCGUCAUUCAGAAAACAUGGCGCCGACCAAGAAGCGCAACGUGAGUGCGGAUAAAACCUCAGCAGACAGCGGUAAAAAGGCCAAAAUUGACUUCGACAGCAAAGUCGAGGGGAUUAUUGAGAGCAGGAAACACGCCAACGAUGUUUUUGACAUCCUCGAGUGUCUCCAGUCAGACAGAGAGAAAGAAGUGGUGGCCGCCGUCAGUGCCUGCAGUAAACUCUUCUGCUGCCUCCUGGAGAAAAGAGCCAUGUUUGUGGGGAAACUGCCCCAAGAAGAGGACGUGUUGACCGGGAGCCACAGCGCUGAUGAGAAGUACGGCAUGUUCAUGCGUCACCGUUACAGCAGCUGUGUGGAGAUGCUGCUGGAGCUCCUCAGCCACGAGUCUCACCAGGUCAAGGAGGCCGCCCUGUGCUGCCUGAUGAAGUUUGCUGCUGGGGAAGGACAGCGCCCCCUGGAGGACCUGGACUGGAGCGAACACUACAGCUUCCCAAGGGAACUCAUUCAGGCGGUGGUGGACAGGCUGCUGUGUAAAAGCACAGACACCUCCCUGCUGAUCUCCAGGUUCCAGGAGUUCCUCGAGAUGGAGGACGUUCGCUUUUACGUCAUGAGCGCCGUCCGGGAAAACCUGGGCAAGGUCAUGGACAGAAGCAGAGGGGCGGUGCUGCCCGUGUACCAGAACAACGUGUUCGCCCUUCUGUCCAACAUCAACAUGCCAAGCAAGGAGGCGGAGCUCACCAACUUUCUGGUCAAACAGGAAGCCAAGCAGGAGGACUGGAAAGCAGCCAAACUGAAUGAACAUAAACGCGCCUUUGAGAGGAUGUGGCUUGGCUUUCUCAAGUACAAGCUGCCAAGCAACAUGUACAAAAAGGUGCUGGUGAUCCUCCAUGACUCCAUCUUGCCCCACAUGAGCAAACCGACACUGAUGAUUGACUUCCUGACCGCUGCGUAUGAAGUUGGUGGAGCGAUCAGCCUGCUGGCCCUGAACGGCCUGUUUGUCCUCAUCCAUCAGCACAACCUAGAUUAUCCUGACUUCUACAAGAAGCUGUACAACCUGCUGGAGCCGUCGGUUUUCCACGUGAAGUACAGAGCGCGCUUCUUCCACUUAGCCAACCUCUUCCUCAGCUCCAGUCACCUACCUGUGUACCUGGUGGCCGCGUUUGCCAAGCGACUGGCCCGUUUGGCUCUCACAGCGCCCCCUGCGCCUCUCCUCAUGCUGCUGCCCUUCAUCUACAACCUGAUCCGCCGCCACCCGUCCAGCCGAGUCCUCAUCCACCGGCCCAGCACAGGGGACGAGGCUGUUGAAGACCCCUAUCUAAUGGACGAAGAGGAUCCUGCUCAGUGCCGUGCCCUGGAGAGCAGCCUGUGGGAAAUUAAGACCCUGCAGAAGCAUUUCCACCCCGACGUGGCGAAAGCUGCCAUGUUGAUCAGCGCUCCUCUGUCGGAGCAGGAGGACGACAUCAGCGAGCUGCUGGAGAUCACGACGUACGAGCUGAUGGAGCGAGACCUGAAAGAGACUCAGACCAAAAGCGUUCCACUGGAGUUUGAACUGGCCACCCAGUUACUGCAGGGAGGAGGACGAGUGCUGGGCCAACACUUCUGUCUGGACUAGACCCACACACACUCCUCUGGGACCAGCUACUGUUGUGCAACCCAAUGCAGAUCCUACAUACCUUUAACAAGAAAGGACCGUAUAAAUGUCCCAUUGAGACCAAGACAAAGUAAAACUGUCAUAUAUUUGAUGUGAAAUUAACUCUUUUCUCCUUUUUGCUUUUGAUUUGUAUACAAUAUUUCACAUCAAUAAACCCUUGUACAAAACUGA